GCCGUCCAAGUACGACGGGAAGGGGGACAUCACCUCCUGGAUUAGCUCCAUGCACUCAUACUUCGAGGUAUUGCGAACGCCGUAGGAAGAUCGAAGCAUGAUCAUGGGCACAAAUACUGAGGCCGCCGUACGGAGUUUCAUAGAACUCCAAGUUGUUACAGCAGGUUAUGAGAGGAUUGACCUGACCGAGUGGCUGAAAGUAACUCCUGUACGCACUCUUGAGGACCUUCUCAUCACACAGUACCAAGAUAAGCACGUUGCGCUCAAGGCAAGACUGAAGCUUGAGGCCCUCAAGGGCCAAACAUGGAGGACCUCCAUGCAGGCUUUGGAACAACACUUGACUGGUUUGUUCACCACUCCAAACCUGGGAAUGACCGACGUGUCUUGCAUGGAUGUAGUCAUGGGAGUGGCCCCUAAAGAAUACCUCUCCCUGCUAGGACUCAAAGACCAUACCACCUGGCGAGAGCUCAUGACGGAUCUAGUCAACCUAGAGGCCAAGGACCUCACCAGGCGUACAAAGGCACCCGCUGCAGGUAGCAAAUCACAACGCAAGCGGUAUGGAAGCAGCAAGCAGCUUGCCCUGCAUGAACAUCGGGAGGCCGAAGAUCAGUCCUACGCGGAUGAUCUAUCUCUAGAUGACGAUCUAGAGCCGGACUCUGAUAUGGGUUGUUCUACAUCAGCCAUUGAGUCUGACGUGAACGAAGAUGAAAAACUUGAUGCUUUCAAAAAGACUGCUUCAAGCAAGGGGCCUAACCGUGGUUCGGGUGUGUGCUUCACCUUUGACAAGGACCGCACUGUCACACAUGAGCUGAACUUUUAUGUCAUGGACAAGUAUCCUUUCGACGCGGUCAUUGGCUUGGGCUGGUUAAAGGCUCAUUGCCUAAGGACCACAUGGGUGGAUAAACAGUUCGUGGUGCGUGAUGCCAAGGGGAACGAGCGUACCGUUCUGUUGGACGAGACGCGCGAGUCCCCUGUGACUCUUUUGAGUGCGAACAAAUUCUGCAAAUCAGUGCGCACACGCAAGGAAGUUGAGCAUGUACAUGUAGCUCUUGUAAAGCCUCUCCAUGUGCCUUCUACUUUUGCUGCAUUUUCUACCUCGGUAAGUAAUUCUACUUUUAUUCCAUCUACUUGUACUGUGAAUAAUCCUUCUAGUUCUGAUCCAAGUACUUCCAAUCCAGUUGUAAUUGCUGUAAAUUCUCGAUCUGAUUUUCUUUGUCCUGAUGAGGAUGAUCCUCCCCCGAAAGUCCCAACAAACAUUCGUCGCCUAUUAGAUCGAUUCCCUGAAGUUUUGGCCGAACCUCGUGGAGUUCCUGAGCGUCCAGUCAAACACAAAUUCGAAAUAAUAGAAGGGAGUGUUCCUCCAAAGGGUUGUGUCUACCGUAUGGGACAAGGCGAGUUGGAGGAGUUGAGGAGGCAGAUUGAUGACAUGAUAGGCCGUGGAUGGAUUAGGCCUAGUGAGUCGGAGUUCAGUGCGCCUGUCCUAUUUGUGCCAAAGAAAGGAGGCAAACUCCGGAUGUGCAUUGACUAUCGUGGCCUCAAUCGAAUCACCAGAAAGAAUGCUUAUCCUUUGCCUCGGAUAGAUGAUCUGCUAGAUGCGGUAGGAGGGUGCAAGGUCUUCUCCAAGAUCGACCUCAAGUCUGGUUACCACCAGAUUGAAGUUGAUCCGAUUGACCAGCACAAAACUGCAUUCAAAACACGCGAUGGGCUGUACAAAUUCAUCGUUAUGCCCUUCAGUCUUACGAAUGUACCAGCCACAUUUCAGUGCCUCGUGGACAAGGUUCUUCGCCAUCAGCUCAACAGGUUUGUUGUUGUUUACCUCGAUGACAUCCUGAUCUUCAGCAAGUCCAUGGAAGAGUACGUCAAGCACCUUAAGGAAGUUUUGCAGGUCCUCAAGGAGGCACAACUGCACCUCAACUUAGAGAAAUCUAAGUUUGGCAGGGACAACGCAAUCUAUCUUGGGCACCGGUUGUCUGCAAACGGCCUUGAGCCGGAAGCAACCAAGGUUGAGGUCAUCCGAAAGUGGCCUCAACCAGCGAACGGACGCGAACUGCGUUCUUUUCUUGGUUUGGCCUCGUAUUGCUGGAAGUUUGUGCCCAAAUUUUAUGUCAUUGCUCACCCACUCUCGAGACUAACAAGUAAGAAUGUUGCUUAUGCGUGGUGUGAGAAAUGUGAGACUGCGUUCCAAGCCUUGAAAGAGGCAUUGCAGUUUGAUUGGCCGGGAAUGAAGGGAUCUGCUCAAAAGUUCAUUGUUGAAUGUCAAGUAUGUCAAGGAACCAAGGUCCACAGGCAUAAGCCUUAUGGCCUGCUGAGACCCCUCCCCAUUCCUGAUGGUCCCAGUGAGCCGAUUUCCAUCGACUUCACGGACAUGGGAAAGGUGAGUGAGGCAGGGAAUUCACAAGUCAUGGUCAUCGUGGACCGUUUUUCCAAAUUUCUGAACUUGAUUCCUUUCCCUCCCCAUGCCCCGACUGAGCUUGUCAUCGAAGAAUUUCAUCAGCAAUACAUUCUGCAGUUUGGCCACCCGAAAACUAUUGUGAGUGAUCGGGACACCAGGUUCAUUAGUAAAGAUUGGAAGGACUUCACUUCUCAGAUCUACAACAUCAAACUCAACAAGACUUCUGGUCAACACCCCGAAGCCAAUGGAUUGGUUGAGGAAAUCAACCAGACUGUCAUCCAACUACUUCGCGCGUUGAUUGUUCCAGACCAGAACACAUGGGACAAGGAGUUACGCAAAGUGAAGGGGUUGUACAAGAACUCCAUUCACUCCGCAACUGGCAUGACACCGAAUCAGCUGCAGUACGGAUGGCAGCUGCGCAAUCCUUUCUCCUAUCUGUUCCCCGAACGGUCACCUGGUCUGACACCCGGCAUGCCUGGCUACAAUGCCAAGUACGCACGCCUGCUCAAAGCUGCUAUCGCAGCAAUGAACAAGCGUCAGCAUGCCAUGAUCAAACACGCGAAUAAGUCGCGCAAAGAAGCAAACUUCAAAGUAGGGGAUUAUGUCUGGGUCAAAAUGUCUGAGUUUUCUGAUGAAGAGGGCGUAUCACGGAAGCUUCUUCCAUUAUGCUAUGGCCCUUGGCAGGUUCUGAAGGUGAUUGGGGAUGAUUUUGGUCCUUCGUAUGUGAUUGACGUGCCUCCUCAUCUGCGCACAUAUCCGGUCUUUCACGCAUCCAAACUGUUUCCACACAUCGAUGAUGUGACUUUUCCCUUCCAAGAUCCUAUGAUACCUCGUCCUAUCGAUGGCGGUCAUGAGAUAGACAAAAUUAUUUCCCACGAGGGAAGAGGGAGGAACAGACAGUACAAGGUUCACUUUCUCUAUCACCCGUUGAUCGAAUUCUUCUAGAUCGUCCGAAAAGAGCUGCUAAAGAAUGCUCCCCGUGUUGUGAACGCUUAUGAACGACAGAUCGCUGAUGGACAGACUGCUAAGUUUUCUGCAAAACUGACUCCCCACGGUCUUACUAAGUCCCACUUUCUGAUCUACGCCUACGAUGCAUUCUGUGCCGACUCUGAAUGAGUUACUCGCUCGAAGGGACCUCGCUCUUGAGAAGGGGGCAAUGUAAUGACCUGCCAAAAACACAGACUAAGAACACUGCUGAUUUCUGGUUUUUGCCGCUGGAAUGAAUGCCUUGCUGAAAU